AUGGGUUUUGCAUUCUACACCACUGGUAACGACCGCUUGGAUGUGGAUAAGUUGAUGAAGGACCCAAUCAUUGUUAAGGGCUAUAUGGAUUGCUAUUUGAACCGCGCUCCCUGCUCCCCUCUCGCACAGAGCUACAAAAAUAUCUUGGAAGAUUCUUUGAAGUCAUCAUGCAAAAGAUGUAGCAAUCUCCAGAAACAUCUCUGGAGCAGAUUCCUGUGGAACCUAAGAACUAGAUACCCUAAAUAUUUUAACUUAUUCCAGAAGAGAUACGAUCCCAACAAUCAUUACAUUCCUGCACUUCAGAAGAUCGUUGGGAAUGAGAAAAAGUAUACAAGCUUUAAAGAAACAUACAAGUAUACGGCUUUUGCCAUGGCGGCAUCUCUUUCAUAUCCGAAUCCUAAGUAUUUGAAAAAACGCAUAUUUAUCUUCUGUGAGUAUUUUGUGGUAAUAUGUCAGAACUAUAAAGAACAAAUGGCUCUUCAAAUAAUAAAUGAAAUAGACCGGGAUUAUGCUUUGUAUAACAAUUUGCCUGCAUCUUAUCAACAGAUAAUCGAUACAAGUAUCAGAAAUAGUUUAAUAUACAGCGAACGAGGCUGGAUAAUAACUGUGUUAUCUGUUGUUCUAGUUUUUCCCAUUAUGGCCGGAAUAAAAACUACUUAUAGUUAUUUAUUCACAUCUGAGCCCCAAAGGUUUAUGAUACAUGACAUUCGAACUCCGAAUGGUAGUUCUGAAGAUAGAUUCAAAAGUCCGUAUUACGAAAUUAUGUUUGCCUAUAUGUUAUACGCCGCUUCCACGUAUGUAUUCAGCUUUAUCGGAUAUGAUGGAUUCUUUGGAUUGUCUGUUAAUCACGCGUGUUUGAAAAUGAAAAUCUAUUGUAAAAUGUUCGAAGAUGCUCUUAAAUCGAAAGAUAAUAUUUAUGGAAAUAUUCGACAAGUUAUUGCCGAGCAGAAUAGACUUUUCAAAUUGGUGAAUUUGAUACAAGACACGUUUAAUAUUUGGUUGGGUUUAAUACUAAUCGCUACUAUGAUUCAACUAUGCAACUGCAUGUACACUCUUACUACUGGUGGUGGAUUUGAUUUGAAAUAUACAAUAUUUGUAAUAGGAUCGGUCAUUCAUAUAUUUUUACCAUGCCUUUAUUCAGCUAAAUUGAAGGAAACGUCUUUAGAAACCGCGACAUUGAUAUAUUGCGCUGGUUGGGAAGAUAUAUAUGAAACAAAAAUACGCAAAGUAGUGCAGAUUAUGAUCGCCAGAUCACAGCGACCUUUGGAGAUCGUAGCUUUCAAUAUAAAAAUUUUUGAUAUGGAUCUAUUUGUUUCUAUUUUACAAACAUCGUACUCUGUGUACACAUUAUUGCGGUCAUAA